AUGAGUUUAAUUGUAUAUGGUGAUAAAACUAGUGACGAGCACUCGCAGAAAGUGGUUUUACAUGAUUCAGACUCCCGUUCACUAGUGGUGAUAAACCCGCAAUCGGGAGAAAUAUCACUUUUACGACAAGUCAGAGGUCCAAGCCCGGGAUUAGAGCCCAAGAAGACAACAGAAAAGCUGAUUUCUUCGUAUUUCUGUCCUCAAUGCGGUAGCGAGGUUGGGACGAGGUUUGAUUUUGAGUUGCAGAAAUCACGAUCGAAGUCAGAGCCCGAGAGCGGUUCUUUUGUGCAUAGGAACUAUUUCAAGCUACUGGAACAAAGUAGUUACCGAGGACAGCAACCAUUGCUGCCAGGCACCUCUGUCAUUCCUCUGAAUCUCUUCACUCCGGGCUAUUACCGACGUUUCUUCCGCGAAUUGUCGUUGCUGGGAAGCGGCGCGCGUGGAUCCGUCUAUAAAGUAGAACAUGUCUUAAUGGAUAAUCAUCUGGGCGUAUACGCUCUGAAGAAGAUUCACAUCGGCAAUGAUCUGACCUGGCUUGAACUUGGCAUGAAAGAGGUCAAAUUUCUAAGCGCUUUAACUCACAGUAGCGUGAAUUUGAUCACCUACAACCAUGUGUGGCUCGAAAUGGAUACCUCAAGUGGUAUCAUUCGCGCGCGUGAUGGUAAGGACACCGGCUCACCUGAGCAAAUACCGUGUAUCUUUAUCUUGCAAAAGUUCUGCCCGGGGGGAAAUUUGGAAGAGGUAGUUUUGAAGAAAGUGUUCGACAAGCUUGCGGGCCUUGAGUCUUCAGAAGAGCGCAAAAAAAGAUUUAGACGCCAAAGGGAAAUCAGGGGAAAAGACCCGAGACCCCAUGGAUUAACAACGUCGCAGCUGCUAUCCAUUAUUUAUGAUAUCGCUUCAGGACUAAAGGAGCUGCACGAGAUGAACAUUAUCCACCGCGACCUGAAACCAUCCAAUUGUCUUCUUGCUGAGCCCUUCGAAGAGGAAAAGGCAGAGUAUGGAGACAAAUGCUUCCCCAAUGUAAUAAUAAGUGAUUUUGGCGAGAGCCAAAUAUACGGACAGAUGAGGUCAGCAACAGGCGCGACCGGUACACUAGAAUUUACAGCACCAGAGGUAAUAAUUCUGCCAACAGGUAGUAACGGCGUGGCUCAACCUCAAUUCUCUUUCAAGUCUGAUAUGUACUCUCUCGGAAUGCUGUCCUACUUUCUUAUUUUCGGAGCACUGCCAUUUUCUGCUGAUGAGAGCCUUUCCAAGCUUAAACAUGAUAUUAUAUCUCUCAAGGUCGAUAAGGAUUCACUAAUUUCAAAACACGAAGGCCUCAAUUUGAAGCCCGUGGACUCUAUCAUCUUUAGUCUGAUAGCGAUGCUGUUGGACCCGAACCCUACUGCGAGGCCGAGUGCCGCGCAGGUUAAAACUCAGAUUGGUGAUUUGAUGCAGGCAUUCAAGCUUCCUGCUUCCAGUACUGUUGCUGAUUCGUCUGAUGUUUCCAUAGAUGACGAAUUGGACUCCGAAGCUGAUGAGAUAAGCGAGCAUGUACCGACGGCUCCACAAAAUGAUCGCCGCAGACAGAUGAUCUCAAAUAUUUUGCUAACUUUGCUCAGCACUGUGGUAACUAUUUUGAUAGUCUACUUCUACAACAACCUAUCGUAUUUGCCGUGUGUUUCGGCAUUCUUGUUCGGUUUUUCGCUGAGGUCAGAACAGCAUACCCGCAAAUUCUUUCUAUUUGUUCUAUCAUUUAUGUUGCUAGUACAGUUUUCUACUUCGUAA